AUGGAAAUGACCUCUAACGAUGACUUAAAGAAUUAUUUGAGAACAGCUCUAGAUGAUGAUGGAUUUUUAGGUGAAAUUAAAGCUGAUAUAUUGAAGAAGAUUUUUAAAAAAAUAAGGAAUCAAUCACCUGAAUUGAAAACAUCUCCUGCUUCAGAUAUUCAUUCAAAUAUCAAAUUACUCAUUAAUGAAUUAAUAAUUGAAUAUUUAAACUUUGAAAAUUUAUCAUUUACAGAAUCUGUUUUUCGUCAAGAGUCUGGUCAUGGUAAUUUACACAAUUUACCUAGACAAUUUCUAUGUCAAACAUUACAAAUUAAACCAACUGUAAAUAUUAAAUCGUUAAUGCUUAAAAAAUUAAUUGAACAACCAAUCCCUUUAUUAUUCUAUAUUGUACAUUAUCUUAUGGUAAAUGGUUUAGAUAAAGUACAUAACCAUGAGUUAUGCAAUAAAGAUUUUUCAAGUCAAGAACAAAAAUCAAUCACUAAUGGUCGGUCUAUAAAUAAUCGAAAUAAUGAAGAUGAUUACAAUCACACUUCUCUCCAAAAUACACAGAAGUCCUUUCAUCCAGAACAUAUUUUAAUUCAUGAACCAACUGAUAAUACAAAUUGGAUUAAUUCUGAAUCUGAUUUGUAUUAA